AUGUGCCCACUCCUACUGAAGAGGCUAUGGAGACUCCUCAAGGUGGUUUGGAGGAAAGGGGAAGUACCAGAAGCCUGGAAGGAAGCAGAGGGAAUAUUCACGCCCAAGGAAAGGAACUCCAAGACAGUCAAUCAGUUCCGGACCAUCUCGCUACUAAAUGUCGAGGGGAAGAUAUUCUUCGCUAUCCUGGCCAGAAGACUUACCUCUUUCCUGACGACCAACGCGUACAUCGACACUUCAGUCCAGAAGGGUGGAGUACCUUGUUUCUCCGGUUGUGUAAAGCACACCAGCGCUAUCACCCAACUAAUUCAAGAGGCGAAGACGGGGAAGAAAGACUUGACAGUAGUUUGGCUCGAUCUUGCCAACGCAAACGGAUCUAUUCCCCAUCAGCUGAUCUACACAGCCCUCAAGCACUACCACGUCGACAACCAUGUCCAGAAAAUCAUCACCAGCUACCUUGACGGCAUCAAGCUUCGGUUUUCUAUUGGCGACCAGCUGACGAAGUGGCAGAAGUUUGAGAAAGGUAUAGUCACCGGAUGUACUGUUUCUGUGGUACUCUUCGUCAUGGGGAUGAAUCUGCUCAUCAAUGCUGCCAUUAGAGAGACCCGCGGACCAAAGACAGAGUCAGGUAUCUACCUCCCAUCAAGCCGAGGUUUUAUGGAUGACCUCACGUUGACGACACCAACACACGUCCAGGCUAGAUGGAUGUUGACAGCACUGACAGACGUCGCGUCAUGGGCCCGAAUGAAAUUCAAGGGCGUAAAGUCCAAAUCCCUCAUUAUCAAGAAAGGCAAGACGACAGACAGAUUCGUGCUCCGAGUACAGAACGAGGAGAUCCCAUCCAUCACGAAGAACCCAAUCAAGUGCCUUGGGAAGUGGUUUGAUGCCAGCCUAGUAGACAAGGACAACGUCAAGAAGCUAGAGAACCAGGUAGAAGAGGGGCUGAAGAAGAUAGACCGGAACAACCUACCUGGGAAGUUCAAGGCCUGGCUGUACCAGCAUGCCUUACUACCAAGGCUGAUCUGGCCAAUGAUGCUGUACGAGGUACCCAGCUCAACAAUACAAGCCUUAGAGAGAAUCACCAGCCGACAUCUUCGCAAGUGGCUUGGAAUCCCACCCAGUUUCUCCAGUGUUGGACUGUAUGGGAAAACCAACAAACUGCAACUCCCACUAUCUUCACUGGUAGAAGAUUUCAAGAAGACAAGACUGGUGCUUACCCUAAGUGACUCCCCAGAUGAGCAGAUCCGGGAAGCAGGGAUCGUUACCCGUACUGGAAGAAAGUGGUCAGCGACAGAGACUGUCAGCCAGGCGAAGAGCUCUCUCAUGCACAAGGACAUCGUCGGUGUAACGGCUGUCGGACGACAAGGUAUUGGUGCAACCAAAACACUCCUAUGGAGCCAAGCCAACCAGACUGAGAGGCGAGCCCUGAUACAGUCAGAAGUACGGAAGGAAGAGGAGAACAAGAGACAGGCCAGAGCGGUAGAGAUGGGUGCGCAGGGUACAUGGACAACGUCAGUUCAUGACCUCCUGCCAUCUCCAGCUAACCUCUGCCGAUGGGGACUAAUCACAGACCCAACAUGCAGUCUGUGCAAGAAACCAGGCACUCUGGAACGUGUUUUAUCGUCCUGCUCCACAGCACUGACGCAGGGCAGAUAUCGCUGGCGACACGACAACAUCCUCAGAGAGGUUGCCGAUCGGCUGGAAGGGGAGAAGAAGAAGCCACGCAGAAGUAACUCACAGGCAGGCCACAUCAACUUUGUGAGACCGGGUGAAACUGCGAAGACAGAAGCUCCACAGAAGAAAUCGAUCCUUGACGGCGCCACAGGAUGGAAUAUGUCAGUCGAUCUAGGAAAGAAGCUUGUGUUCCCGGGUAUCGUCCAGACCAACUUGAGACCAGACAUUGUACUGUGGUCCGAGACAGGGAAGAAGCUCGUUGUCAUCGAGUUGACAGUACCUUUGGAGACGAGAUGUGAAGAGGCCUAUGAGAGGAAGAAGGCCAAGAACACUAAACUACUUGAGCAGUGCCGACACCGAUGUUGGCGGACUUGGCUAUUCCCCAUCGAAGUAGGCGCUAGAGGGUUCUGUGCGCAAUCUGUAUGUAGACUGAUGACAGCUGUUGGCACCACUGGCAGAGACAUGCGCCGGGCAAUCCAGAAGCUGGGCCAGGCUGCAGAGCGGGCGUCUAGCUGGCUGUGGCUACGACGCGAGGAGACAAGCUGGAUGCGAUCAACCUCCACACCGUAA